ACGCAGACCGUCAAGCGCGUGUACCGAAGGAAGGGCAUGUUUGGUUAAUAAUAUCCACGUCAUCGAUCCUCCUAAUACCAACGUUUGCAAUCUUAAACCGUCCAUUUAAAAUAAUCCAACGAUCCAAAGCCGCUCUUUAUACAAUAUCUAGGAUCAACCCAUUCCCUAUCGGCAAUCGAUUUCUGACUUCUCUCUAUAAAUAUCCAAAACCUCCAAUCUCACACACAACAACAUCAAUACUCAUCUCUCUUAUUCUCUAUAGCUCUAAUUUCGAUCUGUUAGAAGAUGUCAGGCCGCGGAAAGGGGGGCAAGGGUCUGGGCAAGGGAGGAGCGAAGCGGCACAGGAAAGUUCUCCGGGAUAACAUCCAGGGAAUCACCAAGCCUGCGAUUCGUCGUCUGGCUCGCAGGGGUGGAGUCAAGAGGAUCAGUGGGUUGAUCUACGAGGAAACUCGAGGAGUCUUGAAGAUUUUCUUGGAGAAUGUGAUCCGUGAUGCCGUGACCUACACUGAGCACGCGAGAAGAAAGACAGUGACUGCUAUGGAUGUUGUGUAUGCGUUGAAGAGGCAGGGCAGGACUCUUUACGGGUUCGGUGGUUAAAAGCUUUUUGUUGUAAUUAGUUUCUGUAAUUUGGGAUUUUAAGUAUUAUGGUAGGAAAGUUAAUGGGUUCUGUGUAAUUCAUGCUUUGAAUUGCAACUUAAUGAAAUGGAGUUCUAUUUCUUUUAAA